GCAGGCCAAACAGACCAGGCCGGGUUAGAGAAGUCAAUGAGAUUAGUGAAACAUUCUUAAUUAGUUGUUCAUUUUCUGAAAAUCUAAAGGCACAAUCUAGAUUCGAGUUAAUGUAUUAAGUAGUUUAACAUAUUAUUCCUCCAACCUCAUGAAAGUGACAAACUGACACGUUAUCAUUUUCGUCAAAAACAACUUUAUAUCAAAGGAGUGCCUCUGAUUUGCGGCACGCACAUGCGCAGUUAGACGACCCUUAGACCAGAUAACUUGAUUCUGCGCAGCAUUUUGCUCUCUAACGUCGCCAUUACAUCGGCUACAAGCGUGAACGGGGAUUUCUAUUGGAGAAGCAGUUUCGGACUAUCUUCAUACUGUACUGUUUGAUUAUAUAUCAGUGGUGGAGAUGGAAUGAGGGGAAAUGAAGGAACAGACGUCGUUUCAAAGCGUCAAUGAGUAGAUGGAAGAAACACACACAACAACCAUUUGUUUACAUCGAUUCAGAAAUGUUGGUUAAAUUCGUUAGAGGUAAUGAACUACAGCUCCCACAAACCAUAGCAGAAUGAGCAUUCUUCCGGGUUCUUCGAACGUGCUAGUUAUCAGCUGAAAGCAUAAGGUGGAUGUGUGUUCCGUUGGUGAGCAGCGAUGCCCCUGGAGGUGAAAUGGCCGUUCCCACAGUGCCCGCAGCUGGCCUGGAAGGUGACCAGCACCCUGGUCAUGGGCGUUGUGGGCUCAUACAGCUACUUCUGGACCAAGUAUCUGAACUGUAUUACGGUUCAUAAUCAGGAUGUUCUAUUUGACCUGAUAGACCAACGUCCACCGGACACACCCCUCAUCACACUGUCCAAUCACCAGUCCUGCAUGGACGACCCACACCUCUGGGGAGUUCUGAGACUCAGACACCUCUGGAACUUCAACAAGAUGCGCUGGACUCCGGCAGCGUCGGACAUCUGUUUCACCAAAGAGUUACACUCCAGAUUCUUCAGCAGAGGGAAGUGUGUUCCCGUCUGCAGAGGUGACGGGGUGUAUCAGAAAGGCAUGGACUUUAUCCUGGAGAAGCUGAAUGGAGGGGACUGGGUACACAUCUUCCCUGAGGGGAAAGUCAACAUGACUGAGGAGUUCAUACGGCUGAAAUGGGGUGUGGGCCGUCUGAUAGCAGAGUGCUCCCUUAACCCUGUCAUUCUGCCUGUGUGGCAUGUAGGUAUGAGUGAUGUCUUGCCCAAUGAGCGCCCCUACAUCCCUCGUACUGGACAGAGAAUCACAGUCCUGAUCGGGAAUCCAUUUACAGUCAAAGACCUUCUGGAGUCACUCCGACAACAGCAGAAGAGCCAGAUGGAGAUGAGGAAGGCCCUGACAGAUUCCAUCCAGGAGGAGUUUCGUAGCCUGCGGACCAAGGCUGAGGCUCUCCACCAGCGGGUACAGACCACUACCUGAGCCCCAGGCUCCAGCCCGGCCUCCACACCUGGAGCCUACCCUAACCUCAGGGUACCAACUCAAUAUAGAGUGGACAAAGAGACUAUACACACACACACAAACAGUAAACUAUAUUCACACACACACACACACCUGUGCCUCAUAGUGUGUGCAGUCCAACCUGCUGUCUGAUAAACCAGUGGUCACCAAUGUGAUAAUUGCAAGGAGAAUCCUGCGAUGCCCUUCAAAAAUCAUUCAGUCAACAUACAGGCAACGCUGAGAAAACAUACAGGCAACGCUGAGAAAACAGUGUUUGAAACCAAUUCAAUGGGAAUGUCCAUAGAGCCAAUGUUGUGUUUAACAGGCGUUGUACCAACUGUCCCGUUCCCUCCCGUGUUAUGAAGUCAUGUGACACUCACCUCUGUCCCCACGGUAACAGCAGAACUAGGAGUAGUGGAGUGAAGUGUGGUGCCCAUGGUAACAGCAGAACUAGGAGUAGUGGAGUGAAGUGUGGUUCCCACGGUAACAGCAGAACUAGGAGGAGUGGAGUGAAGUGUGGUGCCCACGGUAACAGCAGAACUAGGAGUAGUGGAGUGAAGUGUGGUGCCCACGGUAACAGCAGAACUAGGAGUAGUGGAGUGAAGUGUGGUGCCCACGGUAACAGCAGAACUAGGAGUAGUGGAGUGAAGUGUGGUGCCCACGGUAACAGCAGAACUAGGAGUAGUGGAGUGAAGUGUGGUGCCCACGGUAACAGCAGAACUAGGAGUAGUGGAGUGAAGUGUGGUGCCCACGGUAACAGCAGAACUAGGAGGAGUGGAGUGAAGUGUGGUGCCCACGGUAACAGCAGAACUAGGAGUAGUAGAGAAGUGAACUGUGGUUCUGAUCCUCUGGCAGCUUAGCAGGAACUGACAUACAGCCAGGAAAAACUACGGGUCCUAAUCACAAGUCCUUUCACUUUGUGCCCUCAAUCUCUCUCUCUCUUGUACUCUGUUUCUCUCCCGUUCUCCAUCUCUGUUUCUCUCCCGUUCUCCAUCUCUGUUUCUCUCCCGUUCUCCAUCUCUGUUUCUCUCCCGUUCUCCAUCUCUGUUUCUCUCCCGUUCUCCAUCUCUGUUUCUCUCCCGUUCUCCAUCUCUGUUUCUCUCCCGUUCUCCAUCUCUGUUUCUCUCCCGUUCUCCAUCUCUGUUUCUCUCCCGUUCUCCAUCUCUGUUUCUCUCCCGUUCUCCAUCUCUGUUUCUCUCCCGUUCUCCAUCUCUGUUUCUCUCCCGUUCUCCAUCUCUGUUUCUCUCCCGUUCGCCAUCUCUCUCACCUGAUCCCUCCUGAUUGUACUGUUAUGCAUCCUCGGUUCAGUCAUCUCUGAUCUCUAUUGAUCACAUAUCUAUUACUGUGAUUGAAACAAUGACACCAAUAAAGUACUGCAUUUUGUUCA